UGCGUCAGCGGGAGGAGGAAAGUGGAAGUGUCCCAAGAUGGCGUCGCUCACUGAGGUCGGUGGUGUAGAUCUGUUUCCAUAGAAUUUAGUGCGGAGGGAGGAGGAGCCGCUGUGCAUCAGACUCUAAAUGGCUUCUAAGAAGUCUACAUCAGAUAUACAUGGACCUUUCAGUUACCUAGAGGACGUCCCUUUCAAGAUCGGAGACAAGUUUCGAGUGCCAGAUAAAGUUGGCUUGCCAGUAGGAUUCUGCGUGCCAGACAUUUCACAGAUUGUACAAGAUGUUCACUAUGAUUUCUCAUUGGAGAGAAAGACCAUCCAGUGGGCCGAGGAAAUUAAACAAAUAAAAGCUGCCCAGAAUAAGGCAGAGUUAGAAGCAGAGGCAGCAUGUUCUGAGGCAGAUGCUGACACACAGGUGGGGAACGGCAACGAAGGCACCAGUUUUCCUCCACGAUUCAACCCUGUUCUUGCCAGCUUACAGCACAAUAAUAUUUUAACUCCCACUCCUGCCAACAGCAAUGCCAUGAACCUUAAAGUCAUGAGCCCACCUCAUGUCAACGCAGACUUCAACCCUGCUGACUUUGAGUGUGAAGAGGACCCGUUUGAUAAUUUAGAGUUAAAGACGCUUAAUGACAGAGAAGAAUUAAAGAACAUCCUUGGUAUUCAUGUUCGGCCUACAGAACCAGAAUCUAAUUGUAGCAUGAUUCAGGACUCUGGAUCAUCUACUAACAAUGAGGAUAUCCCUACUUCCACAAAACAAGAUGCCUUUGACUUCAAACAUCUGCGCAAGCCGAAUGGAUUUAUCACUUUGCCACAGUUACAAAACUGUGAAAUAAUGCCCCCAUCUUCCAAAGUGUCCCUUGCUCCCAUCACCUCAGUCAGCAAUAUCAAAUCCCUCUCCUUUCCCAAGCUGGACUCUGAUGAAGGAGAGCAGAAAAUUACAGUAUUUACAGGCACUUUUCACAGUUCACCUCUAUCCAAUGGCACUUUCUCCUGCUCUCAGCCCACCUCCAGUGAACUCAAUGGCCACUUUGUUCUGGGACAGUCCGUUCCCUUAGACAGCAUCACCGGUCAUAAUGCAGUCCAAGCAGGCGGUAUGGAAGUAGUAACCAGAACCUGCGUGCACAGUGAUACCAAGACAGCAGGUCAGCAGGUUGCAGUGUCCAAAGUGCCCCACAAUGUUACCUUUGUAAAGCAGCUCAGCGUGCCUUGCUAUGAGGACCUUCUGCAGGCUCUGUCGAGCAGUGAGAGGCAGUGUGCAGAAACCAUAGUCAGUAUGGGAUACUCAUACCAGCACGUCAUGAGAGCCAUGCAGAAACAAGGACAGAACGUGGAACAGGUGCUGGAGUACUUGUUUAUACAUGCCCAGUUAUGCGAGAAGGGAUUUGAUCCUCUCCUUGUGGAGGAAGCCCUCGAAAUGUACCAGUGCUCAGAAGAGAAGACCGUUGAAUUUCUUAAGCUGAUGAGUAAAUUCAAAGAAAUGGGUUUUGAACAAAAAGACAUUAAAGAAGUUCUAUUAUUACACAAUAAUGACCAGGACAAGGCUCUGGAAGAUCUCAUGGCUCGUGCAGGAGCCAGCUGAAUUCUCCUUGCAUAUCAUUCCGGAUUCAGAUAUAAAGGCUGCUGUGUUCUAUGGGAUGUUCAAAUUGGAGAGUCCCAUGGCCAGCGAUAUGAGAAACCUGCUGGAGCAUUAUUCCAUGUUCUGUUAAUUAUUUAUUCCCUUUACACAAAAAAAUGCCAGCUUUAACAAAUUUACAAGAAGUGCCCUUUUGCUCCCAACUAUUUAAGCUUGGCAAAAAAAAUAAUUAUUCUAUUUUAUGCACAAGACUAGGGGAGCUGAUUUUUUUUUUUUUUUUCCCUUUCUUAUUCUUUGUAGUGGAACAGGGAAAAUUGUAACACUUAAACAUCAAACAUGAGAUAUUUGCGUGAGGCUGCUUUUGUGCUUGUUCUUGAGUACACUGUUGUACCCUGAAAAGACAAUUAUAGUGCAAUGUUUUUUUUGUUUUUCUUCUUUUAGAUAUUUAGUGCUACACUGGUUUAUACAAUUCCUAUCCAGGCAUAGAGUGUAAUCCGACUACUCAUCUAGAAUCCCUCCUCACCUGUCAUUAAGCUACUAGAAGCAUCUGAUUUGGAGAAGGGGGUAGUCGGCUCUGGCAAGCUAUGACUAAUAGUUGGAUCAUUUAAAUGUAUGCUAAGUUAUUUGUCGAAAAAGCUUUAUCUGUACUUCAGACGUCCGCACCAUCUCCCUUCAAAAAAUGUUGACUUCUUUUUUAGGCACACCAAAUUUGAAUUCCAUCGAUGAAAUCAGGCAAUCGCUUUGGAUAAAAUAUCAGUGUGAAUUGUAUUUCUUUAAGCACUUUGUUUUUACUUUCCAUUGGUUUACGUCGCACUGUUAUAGAUUCCCUUUAAAUUGAUAUCUAAUAAUUCAAAUCCUAUAACUCUUUUGAUAGUUCAAACAGUGUAUUAUGUUGUACAUUGUUCAAGAAACAAAAUGUAAAUCAAAGCCUUGAUGAAUCGGUCAUUUCCUAAAUAUUUGAUUUUGCCUAAAAGAGGUACUAAUAAAAAAAAAAAUACUCCAAAAGAAACAUUCUUAAGUUCAAUUUUCAUCUGGCAGUGAUGAAACUUUCUAAUUAAAUAUUCUGCUAUUCACUACUGUUCUAUUAUAGGUUUACCCAUAGUCCUCCUCCUUUUCAGACUUGUGGGAUGACAAAUGUCAGAUUUUUGCUUUGUGAGUAGAACCAUAACAAUGUAAACACACCUUAGUAGAAGUUUGUAGAGGACUGAUACAGCUGGGGGUCAACAAAGGCCCAUAUAUGGUUUGCAGACAGCAUUUAGAAUCUCUGUAUUGCUUCUUUUUGAAGUUAAGAUUGAUCUCAAAAUCGAAGCAAGUUUGUGUUUUAAGGUGCAGCAUUAAUUGGCAAUUUAGUGCACUAGAUUCUUAUUGUAUGUUAAUUACCUUCUAGAUCUAUAACUCAGACAUUACUUGCCCUGUGGUAAAGACUGAGAAGGAUUAUCACUUAUUGGAAAUAUGAACACCAGAGCUGUACUUUCAAGUGUCAUUAUCUUGCUAUAUAAAUUACCAAACAUCUAAUCUGAUCUGGUAAGAGUAGUUCGCUGUAUGCUAGGGACAUCGAGUAAUGCACCGAAGUCCCAAUUUUUGGACUAGUUGGAAAAGUUAAUUUGAAAGGUUAGUGCAAAUGCCUUCUUUCCUGCAUACCUCUUGGUCUGUCCAAAGGUCAAGUUAAACAACUUUACAGUUGCCACCAAAUUUGUUUUUUAAAACACAUUCUAAAUAUUAAAAAUUGAGAUUCCAUUUUACACACCAUAGGAAUAAAGCCCCAGGGUUACUUGUGUAGAACCACAUGUAAAAUGUUAAUGAUGAUAGAUAUCAGAAGUUCAUUGACAUUAAUUGAAAUUAUAGAGGAUGACGGAUAAUUUGUCGUUUUAUUGAUUUGAGUAAUGUGUUUUUUAUGCCAGUUUGCAAACUCCAUAUAUUGACAUUGAGUGGCGAUGUUAUAAUCAACAAGGCACAUUUAAAAGUCGAAAUGGUUCAGAGAAUAUCAUCUCAUGUCUAGAGAGAUUAUCUCCACUGACUCCAGGAAGUGGUUUUCAGAUAUGACCAUGCUGACUUUAGUGUUAAAGGAUGGGAGCGGACACCAAAAUCUGACUAGUCUACUAGCCGAAACAGAGUUCUAAGCCCAAGAAAUUUGUAAAGAAACUAUUUAAGCAGUUUUAUGAACCUAAUAUCUUUAUUGAUAAACUAUUUUAUAAAAAUGUAGGCUAUUUAAAAUUAAAUAGGAUAAUAAAACAUUCAUAGCA